CUUGACGUUUACAAAUGACGCUGUAUUCACUCUGUCGUAGACUUAGGUGUGACCACUGUGGAGAAUAAUACCAACCAUGAGACGGAAUGCCGGAGCGACAGCGGCGCUUCUCCAGAAAGCGAACAGCCAGCUACGUGGAGAGAAAAUAGAAAAACCUGAAGAUGAGUUGAAUGCCUACAUCAGCUCAUUAACACAGAAGACAGUGAAAUCUCAAAAGUCUGUCAACUUUGAAGACCUUGGGGAAAGCAUCUCUAUAAGCAGUGAUAUUGAAGAAGUUAAACCCCAGGCAGUUGCAUCAGUUGGAAGCAAGUUCUUGAAAAAGAAGCCUGGCCAAGAUACAACAGACUCAAGCCCAGCAGGAAAUAACAAUACAGCUGGCAGCAAGUUUUUGAAGAAUCCCCAAACAUCUGCUGUGUCUCCAAGUCCAGCGGCUUCAACAGUAAAACCCAGGUAUGGUGGUCAGUCUGCAGCCAGUUCAGGUCAGUCGUUUGGUCGCCCAGGCAGUCAGCAGUCAGGUGGACGGCAGGUGUCAAGCGCCCUGGACAAGGCUUCAGCCUUGACCGGCAAGUUCCAACAGAAAUCUGCUGUCAGGAAGUCGUACACUCUGGACUCGGAGAGUGAUGAGAGUUAUGGCAACUUGAAGCUGUCAGCUGUUGGUGAUCAGCUGUCAGACUCAGUCACAACUGAGAGUGCGAAGAUUGGACGAGAUGGUGGGAAGUUCCUGAAGAAAGCCACUCCCUCCCUGGCAGCAGCCACACCCACUCCGGCAAGGGAGACAACUAAACAAAAUGAGGCAACAAAACCAACACAGCCAGGUUCGGGCUGGCGGCCAGGACAGAGUGCUACAACACCACAAAAGAAAGCUUCCCCCUUCCAACUGAAGAGCUCUAUGAAGUACUCAACCGAUGUUAUUCUUACCUCCGAAGAGGAGAGCCUGGCAGAGUUUGUGGGUGGUCUCCCUUCCUCCUCUGACAGCAUGGAUAAACCAAAGCAACAGCACAAACGUCGUCCAGCUCGGCACACCCCCUCCCCACCACUGAAAGUUGGACGUGGCCACCGAAGCCCCUCCCCUACUGGUCAACCAAAGCCCUCAGCUAAGACCCCAAGCAAGCAUCGCUCCCCCUCACCCCAGAGUAAGCCUCCCAUGAUUCGCCGUACCCCCUCCCCGAGCCCCAGGGCAGGGGACAGGAACUCCCCAGGGUUAAGGAGAAGGUCCCCCUCCCCAAGAGUGUUGAGGUCAUAUUCAGAUGAUUCCAAUGUAGCAGACUCAAUCAUUGACGAAGUGGCGGAGGAGUUUGACUUCGGAAUGAAUGACUCCAUGCAAUCUCCAAGAAAACAUGUUGUGAUAAUGGACCUUGAUGAUUUGGGACCUACAGUCGAGGAAGACCUCCCACCAAGACCCGAGACCCCGCUCUCCCGCAGUGACUCGCCUGUACGCUCUACUGCAAGAAAAUCAUCCAGAUCAGGGGCCAAAUCACCGAGUCAAGGAAAGAAAAAAGAUAAAGGGAAGAAAUCUGUUGAAAAAGAUACUUCCCCGUUUAAGGCUAGUGGGAAAAAGGACAAAUCACCAUUUAGAGCGAAUGAACCUAGCCAAUCACCGUUUAAAGCAAAUGACAGAGAUUCCCCAUUUAAAGCGAAUAUGGAAAAUAAAUCUCCUUUCCGUGCGGCUGAAAAUGCGAGUCCCUUCAGGGCAAGGUCAGAUGAUUCACCAUUUAGAGCGAGUAACGAAGGGUCAGUGUUUAAAUCUUCGCAUGUAGAGAAUUCUCCUUUUAAAUCAGGCAAAAGUUUGAAGAAAGGAAAAGAUAGAAGUGAAAAGUCAGAAAGGUCUGAUGGUAGGUCGAAAAAGAAGGGGAAAAAGUCGGAAAAGUCUGGUAAAAAGAAAGACAGUGGUAAAGAUGAUGACUUUUUCGGUACAUUUAAUCUUCAGACCGUUGAUGACUUGCUUGGUCAUCAGUCAGGAAAAGACAGUGAAUAUGAUGACUAUGUUAAAAGUGAAAUUGAAGAAGUGCCGAGUGAAAUUUCUGAAAUACACACUGAGCAUACUAAAACUAACAUCAGAUAUGAUGACAGUGCAACUGAAAUACCGUCAGAAAUCGAAGAUGUUCGACCAACUGUGGCAACAUACACUGAUGAUUUUGACAGUGUCUCUGAACGGAUAGGUUACAGCAGUGAUAGGCGUUACUCUUCGGCGUCGGAAGUGAAAACUCGAUACAGUGGGGAGGAUUCGGUGGCCAGUUAUACGGAGUACAGUACGGAAUCAGAUACCGAGACCUACACAGAGACAAGGUCAAAAUCAGAGCAGUCAGAAUAUGAUUCAUAUUCUGAGGACUUUACUAAAAGCCUGGUGCCCUCGAACACCACACGAUCUGACGUCACCCCCAGACCACCUCAUGGGAUGGCCACAGAGGGAGUCCAGACCUCUCUAGAGGGGCUAUUGUUCUCUUGGAACCCGCAAGGGACUGGGCUGUCAUUUCCAGGUGCGCCCUAUGGGCUUGGCUUCGUAGACCCCACACCCAUAGCAGCACACAUGGUCUCAGCCGAUGCACUUGAAGCCAUGACGUCAUAUAGCCCAGCCAUGUUAGCCCUCCAUGACAUGUUAAAGUCACAGCUGGACCUAACGAGGGAAUUUAUUGCCAUGCAGAAACACAUACAAACCCAGACGACAGAAAAAAUCCAGCCUCGGUACCAGUAUACUACACUCGAAGAUACUAAAAAGUAUAUCAAACAGCACAAGAAAAAGAAGCUUUCCUUUAAAGAAGCCCUCAGACUUGUGGAUAUGGACACAGCACGGCAAGGCAAGCGAUCCUGAUGUCUCUCAAAGUCAUUGAAAUGGAUUCAAAUUUUGAUUUAUUUUGUUAUAGGCUAGGAUGAUGAAGUAGCAUUCACACUCCUAUAAUGGACAUUCUUGCAUACCGGACGUGUGUUUCCGGUCAUGUGACCGGUGCUGGAAAAACUCAUCUUACACCCCCCAUGUAAGAUGAGUCACGCAACAACGCGCCACUUCUUAUUUCUUUUAUUGUGUAUUUUAUGAAAAGUAUAUUAUGCAAUUUCAAUAAAGCGGGAUCAAAAAUAUAAGUAUACAAUACUUUUAAUUAAAAUUGAAAAUAAAUACUCAUAAAAGCGUGAUUUUAAAGGAACUAUUUGACGGUGAUAGUGAUUUAAAAUUACUGCGCUUUAUGACGUCAGUACACAACAUCGCACGCGCUUUUUAGUGAAAUGUACAAAAGUGCGUUUUCUACGUCAAUUUUUCCACAAAUUCAUAAUUUUAGGUAUGCAAGAAAAAAUAUCAAUCAUGUUUUUCCGGUCCGGAUAAAAAAAAAUCCGACCCUUGGGCAUGCUGCAUGACCAGUAAAUUGGCAAGCCUCGUUACCGGCUUACGCGCGUGCCCUCGGGUUGGAUUUUUCUAUCCGUAACGGAAACACAUGAUAGAUACUUAUAUACCUGUAUGGAAAAAGCUGUCUAGUUAUAUUCAAUUCUGUCAGCUUUAGACUCGCAGCUUAUGCAAUCUGUCUGGUGUAAGAGUCCUGGUGUAAUGGUAUUAUAUCACCUUGAUUUUACUUGAAAGGUUUGUUUUUCCUGUGUUUGCUGUGUGUUUUUUAAAGGCGCACAAUAUAGGCUGAUGCCCAAAACAUUUUUUUCAAAUUUUAAUGCAUUAGUGUGUUCUACUGAUUUGACUUUUAUGUUGAAAACAAAAAAAUGCAUAUGAUUAAGGUACAGUUAUAAAAUAUAUUAGCAAUGUCUUGGUUCUUUUUUUACUGGGGAUUUGUGUCAAGUAGCUAUUACUUCAAAAAAACACAUUUAUAAGGCUAAAGUUAUUUAUCUGUAGUUAAAUCGUCUGCUUUUUUGUUUUGAAGGCAAGAAUGUGAGUGUCAGGCUGUUGUAUACAAAAGCUUUGAACAGUGAUGAUUUUGGUACUGUUUACCAUAGGCAGUAAGUUGCAGGUUGUGUGGUGAAAAUGUUUGCGUCAAUGCUCUGUUUGCAAAAAUAAUAUAUUGUUUCAUGAUAAUCCACUUUGUCAAUAUCAUAUCUUGUUUACGGUAUUAUGGCCUGCUAUACGUGUAUGAUGACCAAAUAAAAAAACUGUGAUAUUUCUAGUAGAAUAGAAAUUGUUUUUGAUAUCUUUGAUGUCAUAACAUGUAUUUUUUACACAGACACUCUAGUUUUUAUAACAAGUA